GCAAGCGCGGUCCCCCUUCCUCCGCGAUCAGCGGACCGACACAGUAAAGCUGAACCUUGCGGCUGCGCGAGGGCGGGAGCCGUGCGGAAGUGACGGCCGAGACACGCAAACUGCGAGAGGGGAGCGCGCGCAGAGGGGCGGGGCGCGAGGAGCUAGCCCGGAGAGGGCGCCGUACCGAGCCUGCGAGGCGGCGUCUGCGCCUAGAGGGUCCCGAGCGCGCGGUGGGCCGGGGCCGGGGAGGGGUUAAGAAGCUGGACGGAGCGCGGUGCGCGUGCAAGCGAGGCGGCCCCGUGCCGAGAGGAGCCUGGGUUUGCGCAGCGGCCAGAGCCAGGACAGGCGUGUGAAGCCCGCGAGCACGUCAGAAGGCGACGGAGGCGAGCAUGGCGCCGCCUCAUCAGUCCCGGGUCCUUCGGUGCUGCAGCUGCCGCCUCUUCCAGGCGCACCAGGUGAAAAAGAGUCUCAAGUGGACCUGUAAGGCUUGUGGUGAGAAGCAGUCAUUCUUACGGGCUUAUGGUGAGGGCUCUGGUGCUGACUGCAGACGCCAUGUUCAAAAACUAAAUCUGCUGCAGGGACAGGUUUCUGAGCUGUCACUCAGGGGUCGGAGCCAGAGCACAGCAGAGCCUCCCCAUAGCCCAGCUGCCCAGGGCCCCCUGGAGUCACAGGAUGACUCGGACUCGGGCCUGAGGGGAGCAGCGCAGCUAUGGAGCCCCGACCACCCCUGGAGGCCAACAGCCCCGCCUUCUAAAUGGGCUCGGUUUCUCCUGCCACCUGCACACACCCCACAGGACACAGAGCCACCGGCAUCAGCACAGAGCGGGCCCAGGCCAGCCAGUCCAGCGCAGGCCAUCCCUGGGGAAGGGGAAGGCUGCUUCAGCAGGCCUGCCGCCCCCACCCUACCUCCUCGGGCCACGCUCACACCAGGGCCAGGCCCUGAGAGGCCCUGCGGGCAGAGCCCUCGGGCCGAGGGCUGUCAGGCGGCCCCAAUCCAUGGGCUGUUCAGCCUCUUCUCAACUGGGGAGGACUUUGAGGACAGCCUGUGAGGUGAGGCCAGGUCCCCAGGACAACGCUGUCAGAGAGCUAGGACAGCAGCAGGGUUAAAGUGCGUAUGCCGUUUAAUUACAGGGGAUUCCAGAUCAGGGUGGCUGCAGAGGGAGUUUGUGUUUUAAAGCACUUAACACAUUUGGAAAUGAGAACUAGAGUGGUCAGGAUCCUAAGUGAAACCCUAAGCUGGAUUUACCCUGAUUUCCCCUCACCAGCCCCGCCGCUCCCAACAGCAAACCCGCUGGCCAGGCUGCACCUCCUGGGGAUUCAGAUGUCGGUGCUGUGCACACCGCAGCAGCAAUGAGACAGGAAAGCGGGCUCGGGACAGCGCCAGGGCACCAUCACAGUGGCGGGUGCUUGGAGUACUGGAUGGUGUCCAGGGCAGCCCCAAUGUCGUAGUUCUUGGUCUGCAGGAGGCGGGUGAGCCAGCCGCCUUCAUCAGAGAAGCCCAUGGACAGCAUCUGGGACAGUGACUCGAUCAGCCGGGGGUCAGCCUCUGCCAAAACAGGACCCGAGCCAGGAGGUGAGCACUGAGACCUGGCCUCAGACACGUACUGGCCAACCCUUCCCUGCCGGGGGACUCCGCAGUGUGUUCAGCCCUGCCAGUGCCAUGCAGCACCAGCCAGACCGUGUGUGCCCAAACAGGCAUGGCUCUGCCCUAUAAAGCUUCACUGCCAGGCACGGUGGUUGCUGUCUUCAGUGACUAAGCUACUCAGCUACUAAGUGACUCAGUGACUCAGCUACUCAGGAGGCUGCCAGUGAAGGCUGGGCCCGCCCCAUGGCCUCCCCACCCCUCCUAGCUGGCCCCAGGGAUGCGCCCAGCUCCCCACAUGCAGGUGACCUCCAGGCACCGUAGAGAACAGGCAGUGAGGCCCAAUGCUGCCUUUACACCAAGCACCUCCGCGGCGGCCCCUGAAUGUCGAGACAAGUUCUCUCCCUCACUAAAUUGCCCACUGACUCCCUGCCUCACCCUCCCAGUCACAGGUGUGUGCUGCUACGCCAGGCUGGCCUUCUCAAUUU